AAAUAAGUUAUUUGUUUUGUUUGUUUCUGACUGAACAUCUAAAUAAAGUUUGUCAUAGAUAAGUGAAAACAGGCCGAAAAGACCAAUCGCAAUUCCAUUUUAUGGAAAUUUUUCAUUAAUUACAACAAACAAUCAAACGAUACAGCAAGCAAAAAACACCACCACCACCCCAACCAUAUAUGUUCAAUUAUCAACAGGACAUCAUUCCGGACGAUACGAUGAUAAUGAUGAUGAUGGCCAACAUUACGAAUAGAAGAAAAAUGUCAUCACCAUUAUCAACAUCCAAAACAGCAAUACGAACAACAAUCAACAAUUGUUCGGGUUUUACAUCAUCAUCAUCAUCAACAUUAACAUUAAUCUCAUUCAUUAUGACAAUGUUCAUCAUUAUAAUGAUCAUGGUGGUAUCAACCACACAAGCUGUACGUAUUAAUUCUAUAAGUCGUCCAAAAUCAUUUCGUUCAGGUACAGCCAAUGAAGUUAUAUUGGAUUGUGAUUUUAGUAUCGAUGAUAAUGAUGAAAUGUUAGUUGUUAAAUGGUUUUUAAAUGAUGAUUCACAACAUAUAUAUCAAUGGAUACAAUCACGUGAUUAUCGUAUAUAUUCGGAUUUAAUUAAACCAUAUGUGGAUGAAAAUUUUUUCGUUCAAGAUCCAAAAACACGUCAUCGUGCUAUACGAUUAUUAAAUCCACCAGCAAUUUUAAGCGGAAAAUAUACAUGCAGUGUAAGCUCAUUACAAAAUGAAGAAAUCAAUUCAACCUAUUUAGUUAUAUAUGAACCAGCACGAUCAUUUGAGAUGGCCGCCAUUGAAGAUGAAGAAAAUGAUGAUAACGAUAAUAAUGAUGAUGAUGGAUUUAAUAUAACCUGUACAGCAUUUGGUUUAUAUCCUGAACCGGAGAUAAAAUUAUUAAAAAUCAAAUCAAUCAAUGAAACAUUAGAAUCAUAUGAAAUUGAAUCUAAUACAACAACAAUCAUAUCAUUUCGUUCAAUGACCAAUGGAUUUUAUUCAAUAACAUUAAUAUCACAUAUUGAACAGAAUCAAUCAUCUACUAUGAUUUCCAAUAAUAAUAAUGAAUUAAAUCCAUCUCGUGCAAGGCUUUCAUUAAAAUCUCAAUCAUCAACAUCGACAACAACAACGAAUCAAAUAGCUGAACAUUAUGAAUGUCGAUUAUCAAUACCGAAUACUGAUUAUUAUGAAGUAAAAAGAUUGGCCAUACAAGAUGGUUGGCGAACAAAAUGGCGUUCGAAUGAUGCCGCAUCAACAACAACAACAUUAUCAUCUUUGACAUCGAUAUUAUCAGCCAUUUUCAUAACAUCAGUGAUCAUUGGAUUUCGAUGGUAAUCAACAUUUGUAUAUUGGGACGGAUAUUACAACCAAACCAGAAUAAUUGGAUCAAUGUAGAC